AUGCACGCCCUCACUGGCUUCUCGCUGGUCAGCCUGCUCAGCUUCGGCUACCUGUCCUGGGACUGGGCCAAGCCGAGCCUGGUGGCCGACGGGCCCGGCGAGGCCAGCGAGCAGCCCUCCGUCGCUCCACCCCAGCCUCCCCACAUUAUCUUCAUCCUCACCGAUGACCAGGGCUACCACGACGUAGGCUACCAUGGCUCAGAUAUCGAGACCCCUACGCUAGACCGGCUGGCCGCCGAGGGUGUCAAGUUGGAGAAUUACUAUAUCCAGCCCAUCUGCACGCCUUCACGGAGCCAACUUCUCACUGGCAGGUACCAGAUCCACACAGGACUUCAGCAUUCCAUCAUCCGCCCUCGGCAGCCCAACUGCCUGCCCCUGGACCAGGUGACCCUGCCCCAGAAGCUGCAGGAGGCAGGUUACUCUACCCACAUGGUGGGCAAGUGGCACCUGGGCUUCUACCGGAAGGAGUGCCUGCCCACCCGCCGGGGCUUCGACACCUUCCUGGGUUCGCUCACAGGCAACGUGGACUACUACACCUACGACAACUGUGACGGCCCUGGGGUGUGCGGCUUUGACCUGCACGAGGGCGAGAGUGUGGCCUGGGGGCUCAGCGGCCAAUACUCCACCAUGCUCUAUGCCCAGCGCGUCAGCCACAUCCUCGCCAGCCACAGCCCCCGGCAGCCCCUCUUUCUCUACGUGGCCUUCCAGGCAGUGCACACGCCCCUGCAGUCCCCCCGUGAGUACCUGUACCGCUACCGCAGCAUGGGCAACGUGGCCCGGCGGAAGUACGCAGCCAUGGUGACCUGCAUGGAUGAGGCCGUGCGCAACAUCACCUGGGCCCUGAAGCGCUAUGGCUUCUACAACAACAGUGUAAUCAUCUUCUCCAGUGACAAUGGUGGCCAGACAUUCUCGGGGGGCAGCAACUGGCCGCUGCGAGGACGUAAGGGCACUUACUGGGAAGGUGGCGUGCGGGGCCUGGGCUUCGUCCACAGCCCCCUGCUCAAACGAAAGCGACGGACAAGCCGGGCACUGGUGCACAUCACCGACUGGUACCCGACCCUGGUGGGUCUGGCAGGUGGCACUGCUUCUGCGGCGGAUGGGCUAGAUGGCUAUGAUGUGUGGCCAGCCAUCAGCGAGGGCCGGGCCUCACCACGCACGGAGAUCCUGCACAACAUCGACCCACUCUACAACCAUGCGCGGCACGGCUCCCUCGAGGGGGGUUUCGGCAUCUGGAACACGGCUGUGCAGGCUGCCAUCCGCGUGGGCGAGUGGAAGCUGCUGACGGGAGACCCUGGCUACGGCGACUGGAUCCCGCCGCAGACGCUGGCUGCCUUCCCUGGCAGCUGGUGGAAUUUGGAGCGGAUGGCCAGUGCCCGCCAGGCUGUGUGGCUCUUCAACAUCAGUGCUGACCCCUAUGAACGGGAGGACCUAGCUGGCCAGCGGCCCGAUGUGGUCCGUGCCCUGCUGGCCCGCCUGGCAGACUAUAACCGCACAGCCAUCCCCGUGCGCUACCCAGCGGAGAACCCCCGGGCCCAUCCUGACUUUAAUGGGGGUGCUUGGGGACCCUGGGCCAGUGAUGAGGAAGAAGAGGAGGAGGAGGAGGAAGCCAGGUCUCGAAGCUUCUCCCGGGGGCGCCGCAAGAAAAAAUGCAAGAUUUGCAAGCUGCGAUCAUUUUUCCGUAAACUCAACACCAGGCUGAUGUCCCAAAGGAUCUGA